UUUGAAACCCGUUCUUUUCGAUGCUUUUUCCCUGGACUUGUGAUAUUAGCUCUUUCUAAGCCAAUCGUGGGCUGGUAUUUUACCUGGUUAGGAUAAAGGAACCCCACUGUUCCUUGUAGGGCUGGGAUUUUACAUCACCGAUUUACAUGACUCCGGUCUCCUCCACAAAUCCGAUAAUGACGAACAUCCUCCAGGCUCCAACUUUCAAUCGUCGAUAUAUUUAAAUUUUACACACAUUUACAGCGACACAUUCCAUUUUAUAGCGCUUCGGCAGCACCCAUCCCAACAGACCAUCAACACCGAGUUCCGGAUCACGUCCGACUGCACAUGAAGCCGCUCCAAUCGACUCACCAGUUUCAAGAUUAAACCCCCCGGACAUCCGCAACCAUAGGGCGACGACACAAACUUCAUAAGUCACAGUUAGGGCCUCCUCCAUCCAAAAACUUUCAACGGGGCCGGGAAGGCAAACGAAAAGGUCGAAUGGGCCAAAAGGAAUCAUCGGUAACGGUCGACGGGAGUACUCCGCCGGAGACUCUGGAAAGUCGAACCAUUGAGGGAGUCGCGAAAUACAUCCGAGAUGGAAAGGCCAAAAGAGUGGUGAUCAUGAAUGGCGCUGGGAUAUCCACGGCCGCUGGGAUCCCGGAUUUCCGCUCGCCAGAGACUGGGUUAUAUGCCAACCUCGCCCGACUGAAUCUUCCUUAUCCAGAGGCGGUAUUCGAUAUCGGCUUCUUCAAGGAGAACCCAUACCCUUUCUAUGCGCUCUCGGCCGAGCUCUAUCCUGGAAAAUACAAGCCGACGAUUGCGCACUGUUUUGUGCGGUUACUGGAAAAAAAAAACCUGCUGAGGAUGUGCUUUACCCAAAACAUCGAUUGCUUGGAACGAGAGGCGGGAGUGAGUGACGAUAAGAUUAUCGAGGCACACGGAAGCUAUGCCUCGCAAAGUUGUAUCCGUUGCCUUCGACCGCAACCUCCCGAGCCGCUUCGAGAAGCGAUCAACAAAGGAGAACCCGCACAUUGCCAGAACGAAGAGUGUUUGGGGUGGGUCAAACCCGACAUAGUUUUCUUUGGUGAAGCGCUUCCUCCAUCGUUUGUCAUGAACCGACUCACUCCCGCCGAGGCCGAUCUGAUCAUUGUAAUGGGGACCAGUCUUACCGUGUUUCCGUUCGCCGGAUUGCCUCAGGUGGCCCGAGAGGGUGUGCCUCGAGUUCUUCUCAACAAUGAAGAAGCCGGCGAUCUGGGAAGUCGCCCGGACGACGUCCUAGCUCUCGGCGACAUCGACGAGAAUGUUCGGAAGCUGGCCAGAGCAAUCGGCUGGCUCGAUGAACUGGAGGGAUUGUGGGCAUCCGUGGCACCGGAGAAAGCGGCAGAAUACAGGAUGAGAUUCGAAGCCAAGGAACCGACGAAGACUACGGAUGAGACACUGGAAGAUGAAGUCGCUCAGUUGACCGCCGAGGUCGAGAAGACGUUAAAAUUAACGCAGGAGCUGACGGAGCGAGCGACGGGGAAGUUGCCGGACGGACCUCCGCAAUCCGAAGGUAAAGACACGGGCCAAAAGGAAGAGAAGGAGCAGGAAACGACCCAAUCAGGCCUAGACCAUGUCUUCCCUCAUCUCAAAAAGUCAUCUUUAUGAGUGAUGCGACGGGAGAUGGGCACUCCUAAGGGCGUACGUGUUUUUGAAUAAUGGCAUAAUUGGAAUGACCUGCCGUUAAAUUGUAUACAUGGACUGAGGCGUUCCUAUGAUCGAAUGAACCUAAUGAAGCCGGCAUGACGGGCAUGGCAAUAACUCCGUGCAAUCGCUCCUCAUUCAUCGUAAUAUUGAUCCAUCAUAUGGGGAUUCAGAUCAUCUCUGGGCUCCUUCAGGGAGACUCCCUCUUUCAAGUACAGUGCCAGUCGGAAUGCCGUGUUCCCAUUCAGAUAAUACCGAUGCAGUCGUUUGGUUCG